GGGGGCCGGGUGUUGGACAGCGUGCUCCCCUGUGUGGAGCGUCUCCGUCCUCCUCCUCUCGCUCGGUGGCGUGGCUAUGCUUGUGCGUGGUUCCAAGAGUUAGGUGUUGAUGCAAGCCAUUGCUCGGGUGGAGAGGGCGUGAGGGGGGAGCGUUUCCAGUUAAUUGAUUGUUGCGGCAUCUUCCCUGGGAGGAGCGAGCGAUGAGGUGGUAGCAACGACAAGGGAGCCGGUCGGUGUGGACGGUAGCGUUGCGGUCUGAUGCUGGCGCUUCAAAUGAGCAUGUCGCGGACGAAUUCGCGCCAGGCCACGGAAUAAAACCUCAGAGCCGGCGAUGGAGCCAAGCAGGCGGACGAUGUCGGGUGGGUAUGCCAAUAAUCCGCCCCCGGGAAUGGGGCCUCCCAGGGGGGGAGGCACCCAGCAAUGGUCGUUGAGCAAUCAGAUGAAUCGGGGUGAGGACUGGCCGAGAGGAAGCCCUCGCAACGGGCAACAAGGCAAUGUGGAACAGUGGGGAUUAGGUGCGGUCGGGGAAGGGAGACCGCCUAGCUUGUCGUCGUACUCGUGGAGCAUGUCGAGCGAGAGAGGAGACAUGGCGGGACUGUCGUCGUCUCCGCACGUGGACGGCAGCCUGGAGAACCUGGAGCCGAUGAGGGGGGUAAAUAGAAGGAAGGACGGCAGGCAGCUUGAGCUGCAGGUCACCUAG